AUGUCGGGCACUGGAGUAGACGACACAGUAGACGACACAGUAGACGACACAGUAGACGACACAGUAGACAACACAGUAGACGACACAGUAGACGACACAGUAGACAACACAGUAGACGACACAGUAGACGACACAGUAGACGACACAGUAGACGACACAGUAGACGACAUAGUAGACAACACAGUAGACGACACAGUAGACGACACAGUAGACGACACAGUAGACAACACAGUAGACGACACAGUAGACGACACAGUAGACGAUAUAGUAGACAACACAGUAGACGACACAGUAGACGACACAGUAGACGACACAGUAGACAACACAAUAGACGACACAGUAGACGACACAGUAGACGACACAGUAGACGACACAGUAGACGACACAGUAGACGACACAGUAGACGACACGUGGAGGGAACGAACCUCAGCAUUAAGAUAUAAUAAAAAUACAAAGUCCUAA